AUUAUUCUAUAUAUUCUAUUUUAGAGACCCAGAACAUGGAGACUUCGAUGUCCUAGAAUGAAAGGAAGAAGUGCUUCGUGAUUCCCUGCUUGCCUAAACAGACGUGCUGGCCGUGAUGAUGAUUUCUGCCGCUGCUGGCCCAUCGCUUCCUCUUUCACUCUGCUUCUUUUUCUUCGUCUUCUUCUUCAACAACUAAUAAAACUACCUCUCUUUCUCUUCUUCCCCUUUUCUUCUUCAACUCUAAACUUACCCCCUUGUCCUUUUCCUCUUUCUUUCUUUGCCGAACCAUAUUUGUCUCCAUCACUUUCUUUGUCCUCUUCAUAGUCCAUUUCCCCGGCUUUCUUCACCACUUGGCCUUCACUCUUUUCUGACAAUUAAUCCUCAUUGUGAAUGGGUUUUGUCUCAUACACUUCCUAAACAAGAACUAAAUUUCUGUGCUUCAGUAAAUCCAGAAUAAGGGCUGCUGAGUACAAUUUUAUCCUUCAUGGGUACUAUGACUGCAACUUCUGCAAUGUCCAUGACUCGAGAUGCUUCAAAUUAUGAUGAGGUUUCUAUGCAGCAGAGCUUGCUCUUCUCAGAUAGUCUCAAGGAUUUGAAGAACCUGAGAACACAAUUAUACUCAGCAGCUGAGUAUUUUGAGCUAUCUUACACCAAUGAUGAUCAGAAACACAUUGUGGUAGAAACAUUGAAAGAUUAUGCCAUCAAAGCUCUUGUGAAUACAGUGGACCAUUUAGGUUCUGUGACUUACAAGGUUAAUGAUCUCUUAGAUGCAAAGGUUGAUGAAGUCUCAUGUACAGAGCUCAGAGUAUCUUGCAUUGAGCAGAGACUUCGGACUUGCCAAGAGUAUAUUGAUCAUGAAGGUGUCUCCCAGCAGUCACUGGUGAUAAAUACUCCAAAGUAUCAUAAGCGGUACAUUCUGCCAGUUGGGGAGACCAUGCAUGGUGCCAACCGGACCAAGUCAAAGUACCUGGGAUGCAGCCUAGAUGAUGAAGAUGACUGGCAUCAAUUUAGAAAUGCUGUCCGAGCCACACUUAGAGAGACCCCAAGAGAAACCCCUACGUCUUCAGUUAGGAAAGGGCAAACUCCCUCACCUUCACCUCAACCUCCACAGCGAUCUGGAACAUUUUCCUUUGCUAAUACUAUGCCCAAAAAGGAUCUAGAGAAACGAACGGUGUCACCACAUCGAUUUCCACUUUUACGUUCUGGUUCUGUCUCAAGUAGACCAACAACACCAAGUGCUAAAAGGCCAACAACCCCGAAUUCUAGUAGGCCAACUACUCCAAAUGGUUCUGAUGCCAGACGACGGUACCCUUCAGAGCCUCGGAAAUCUUAUUCAAUGCGCCUACCAGCUGAGAGAGAUACCUACAAAGAAAUGGAACAAUACCCUAGUAAAAGUAAGCGUCUUCUGAAGGCAUUGCUUAGUAGGCGCAAAUCAAAGAAAGAUGACAUGCUAUAUACUUAUUUGGAUGAAUACUGAUGAAAUAUAAGCUACAGAUAAAUAGUAAGAAUCGAAAUUAGACACAUAAGGGGUCAACAAAGCAAUGAACAACCUUAUGCUUGCACUUUCUGCUCUUCCCUUUGUUUGAAAGUUUUUUCUUGCUUGUAGUUAUAUAUUUUUUCUUGUAUUGGAAUGAAUAUAUUGAUCCUUCUAAUUUACCAUUAUUUCGAGUCAUCAAUUGCUGGCUAUUCACUAUGCAAAUUAUAGUGCUACCUACAUUCUUGUUAGGUUAUAUUGUAAGGGAAUCUGCUGAUUUUAUCACUUCCUAGAAUAAUUACCAAUCUUGUUUCCA